AUGGCUGAACCAUCUGAUCCAUGGCAAGACUCACAACAAGAGGAAUGGGAAGAGGAAUCACCAGAACCCUCACCACCGUCGUCACCCCUCGGACCUCCCCUCAUCACCAAGCUCAUCAAGAUCGACCAGAAAGCUGCGCUGAAGGCGAGAAACAUCCAACGUCAACAUCUGCGAGGAUUUCCCAGAGAGGCCCUCCUGCAGUAUGCAGAGGCUCACGGAGAGCCGAACGCUGAUUAUCUGGACCGAGAAGAGCUUGAAGACCUCUUACUUCACUCCAACAAGUUCAUUCCGCUGCUGCACAAUCACAAGAUCCUCGUGAACGACAAGACAGGUGCGAGAUGGAUUGUAGAGCGGGAGGAGGGUGAUGACGGUCAAGAAGAGCAUGAGGCUGUAUCCGAUCCGGAGGAGGAAGUUGACAAGUACUCCGUGAAGCAUAUCAACAGCUUUCACGUCGCGCCACUUCUCCCUGUGGAAGACCGUUAUUCCCCCUCCCCUUCCUUGCCUGGUCCCAGCCGACGUUCACAAGCUCCGGAGCCAGCUACACCAACAAAACAAAAGCUUGAGUUCGUCUUCCCACCUCAAGGACGGCGCAUCCAAGGCACUGCGGACGAGCGCGAGCCACUUCCCCACAGGUGGUUAUACGAAAUGCUCGGGGACCUGAAAAAAGGCAGAAAUAGCCUCCUCGACGUGCUGAAACGGGCCAGAGAAGAAGUGAACGAAGCCGCUGGAGAGCUUCUUCGCGUCCAAGCCUUGGUCAGCAAGGAGCACGCUCGCAGUUUGAAGGCCCACAAGGAGCUAGAGCAAAUCAUCGGACCGUUUAAAGCGUCACAGUUGAAAGGGAAGGUAGACAAAGCUAUGGAAAAGAUGGAAUGGCCCAGCGACGAAACUGAUAGUUCCGAUGACCCGGAUAUUGUGGCGAGGCACGAAAUCGAUGCUAUCAAGAAGAAGAAAGAAGAGGCGAGGAAAAAGAAGAAAACCGACUUGAAAAGAAAGAGGGAUCACAAGGAUCGUUCACUGCCUCCCAAUGGCAAGGGUCGAGAAGGCGACGACGAAGGUCGAAGGUACGAUGAUGGGGAUUCCCCUGAUGAAGACAAAGAUCAGAGGCCGAAGCCUUCAAAACGUGCCCGAAGGAAUGGCCAGGACCAGAACGGUACUUCUGCACAUCCUGAGGCAUCGACCGCGAAACUUUUGGAGGCUAGGGAUCCAUCUAUCCCGUUCAUCGGCCCCUCGCAAAAACGUCCUCGAGAGGACGAAGAGGAUUCUGCCACCAGCGAAGGCGAGGUGGAGAGGUCCGUUCGCCUUGACAGUCCUUCCAGCAGCAGUGAGGCUAGUGAAAGCAAAAGAGCUAGACUUGAGGAGGGUGGCGGUGACAAAGGAAGGUCUGGGGAAUUUAAAUACUCGUUCGGAAGACCACAUCUUUUAUAG